AUGUUCAAAGUUACCGGUGUAUUGCUGCUGUCCUUCGUGGCAGUUAUUUCUGCAGCGUCCAUCAAUAAUGUGUUGAAGGAAUCCAAGGGUGGCCGUAUUGCAGGCGGAGAACGUCCAAACGAAGAUGUAAACAUGCCCUACCAGGUGGCACUGUUUACCGCCAGAGAUGACAUCUACUACUGCGGGGGUUCCAUCCUGAAUCGCCGUUGGAUUGUAACAUCCGGAGUUUGUGCCAUCGGAAAAUCGCCAGCAGACGUUAUCGUCUUCGUCGGUAGCGAUCGUCUAUCGGUAGGUGGUCAACGGCACGUCGUAGACAGAAUUGUGCUGCAUCCAAACUUCGACGUCAGUGUUUACGCCAACGAUGUUGCCGUGAUGCGGGUUUGGAUCCCUUUCGCUUUCAACGAGAACGUUCAACCGAUUGCUAUGCGUGCUGAACCAGUUGUCGGUGAAGCGGAGGCGCUUAUUUCCGGCUUCGGUCGUCAGACGAUUUCGGAUUCCACCACUCCCGACUUGUUGCGCUUCCUGCGGGUCAAUUUGAUCUCGAACGAAGAGUGUGCGGACGAAUUUGAUGAUGCCUACACUGAGCGGCUGUUCGACAAUACGGUAUGUUCGGCGGGUGUCGAAGGCCGAGGUACCUGUAUUGGUGAUGCUGGUGGCCCACUGGUGCAUGACGGAGAACUUAUUGGAGUAAUCUCAUGGGGAGUGCCGUGCGGUCUCGGUUUGCCGGACGUUUACGCUCGUAUUUCCAACCACCGCGGUUGGAUUCUGGUGCACACGAUGCUGCCGGAAAGUGUUGAAUAA